UUCUUUGUUCGAUGCGGUUCAUCGACAUGCACAGAGGCAAUCCAAAUGUCGUCAUGUGUGUGUGUACUGCUUGUGCGUCUGCAGACCUGACCGCUGCAGUGGCAGUUGACAUACUACCACCGACCCUUGUCAAGGCAGACACACAACACAACAGCACCCCACACGAGAAUCACCACUGGCGGGACGGGAUCAGCAAGCAGCACAUGAGACCGCCACACCGACCAUCCAUCCAUCGUGACAUCCAUCCAUCGUGACAGCAAAAAGACCACUCACGUCUGUCUGUCUGUCUGUACACAAGGAGGCUGGGCAGGUAGGCUACAACCCAUCACAUACACACACACACACGACCCACCCUCAUCUCUCAUCUCUUGGCAAGUUUGCUCAGCAAUGGCGCCCUACUCGGCUUCUGUUUCGCCAGCAGCCCCUCGAUGCGACUCCUCGGCCCGUCCGAGCGGAGGAAGCCGUUGCCGUUGCGCGCCUUCUUGGCUACCGCAUCUGCCAAUGCCGCUGCGGGCGCACUGCGCUUCUUGCCGCCCGCCCCGUUGCCGCUGCCGUCGAAUAUCGACUGUGUCUCGAUGUUCUUGCGCCUGUGGUGUUGCCGCACGGUGGCACUGGCGCCCUUGAAGCGCACGGCAGACGCCUCGACGCGGUCCUCGUGGCUCUCGUCGAGCAGGGGCAUGGCGAAGUUUUUGGGUUUGCUGUCCUCCUCCUUCUGCCGCUCGAUCUCCUCCUUCUCGGACCGGAAUGUCCGCCGCAGGGCCGAGUUGAGGGCGUAGUGGUCCUCGCGAUCGUCCUGCAGGUCGAUGAGGGCCUCGAGUGCCGACUUCUUGGCCUCGGCCUUGCUCUUGUCGUCGGCAGUCUUCUCGAGUCUCAGCAUGGGGUCAGCCCUGAUGGCGGCCUGCUCCUCCUGUGACGGCAGCUCGGGCAGGUCGGCGUCCUUGGCGUCCCAGGUCUCGACCUUCUUGUGCAGGCCCUCGAGGAUGACGUACUCGCACUGCUCGGGGUCGGUCUUGAUGGCGAAUGUGUUGUCGCAGUAGUAGCACGUCAUGCGGAACUCCCAAAUCUUGGUGGUGUAGUAGUUGCCGAUGCACUUCUUCUCGGCGUUGAACCGCACCCCCUUGGCGAUGUAGGAGCCGCACUUGGUGCAGAUGCACUUGAACGGCAGCUCGAACCGGAUGAUGAGGAUGCCCUCGUGCAGCCGCUUGGCGCGGUCGCCGAGGGCGCCGUGGGAGCCGCGGUACUUGUUGAGGGAGCCAUGCUGAGGCCCGUAGGACGGACCGUAGUAGUAGUUGUCCGCACGAGCAGCCGCUAACGAGCUCAUGAUGCCAACACAAACCGACCAAACAACGUGUCACUGACCAACCAGCGAGAAACCUAACAAAGCCGCUCUUGCAGCAGAAACAAACACUGUCGCUCGUUUUCCUCACAGCAGCAUUCCCUCUU